GCGCCAGCCCCCUCCCGAGAUCAUGCAGCCGGGAGCGAAGAUUUCGCUCAGCCCCAGACUUCUCCACCAAACCCCCUGUGGCCUGCGGACGAGAGACGACAGACAGGACGGAAACCAAUGAGAGCUCCGCUCUCUCGCCUACCGUCCAAUGAGCCUCGGCUCCCAGGAGGGGCGGGACUAGGAGGGCAGGAGGGGGUGGUCCCGGACUGGCGCGCGGCGCGGCAUCUCGGCGGCUCACAGACCAAGAGCAUCGCGGGGAGUCGGCGCCAAGGCGACGCGGGAAGGCGCCACCACCGCGGUUGCCGUCGCUGGCCAAGGUGCUGGACACGACAGAUCCUCAACAGCUCAGGCACCGGCUGCUGCACCCCCUGCUGCAGCCUUGCUUCCAACCAGGUCCUCAUGGAAGAGAUGGAAGAAGAGUUAAAAUGCCCCGUGUGCGGCUCCUUCUACCGGGAGCCCAUCAUCCUGCCCUGCUCCCACAAUUUGUGUCAGGCGUGCGCCCGCAACAUCCUGGUGCAGACCCCGGAAUCUGAGUCUCCCCAGAGCCGUCGGGCCUCGGGUUCUGGGGUCUCCGACUAUGACUAUCUGGACCUGGACAAGAUGAGCCUGUACAGCGAGGCGGACAGCGGCUAUGGCUCUUAUGGGGGAUUCGCCAGCGCCCCCACUACCCCAUGCCAGAAGUCCCCCAACGGCGUCCGUGUGUUUCCCCCAGCAAUGCCGCCACCGGCCACCCACCUGUCACCGGCCUUGGCCCCAGUGCCUCGCAACUCCUGUAUCACCUGCCCCCAGUGCCACCGCAGCCUCAUCCUGGAUGACCGGGGCCUCCGCGGCUUCCCUAAGAACCGCGUCCUGGAAGGGGUAAUUGACCGCUACCAACAGAGCAAAGCCGCGGCCCUCAAGUGCCAGCUCUGCGAGAAGGCGCCCAAGGAGGCCACUGUCAUGUGCGAACAGUGCGAUGUCUUCUACUGUGAUCCUUGCCGCCUGCGCUGCCACCCGCCCCGGGGGCCCCUUGCCAAGCAUCGUCUGGUGCCACCGGCCCAGGGCCGCGUGAGCCGGAGGCUGAGCCCGCGGAAGGUCUCCACCUGCACAGACCACGAGCUGGAGAACCACAGCAUGUACUGCGUGCAGUGCAAGAUGCCCGUGUGCUACCAGUGCUUGGAGGAGGGCAAACACUCCAGCCACGAAGUCAAGGCUCUGGGGGCUAUGUGGAAACUGCACAAGAGCCAGCUUUCCCAGGCGCUGAAUGGAUUGUCAGACAGGGCCAAAGAAGCCAAGGAGUUUCUGGUGCAGCUUCGCAACAUGGUACAACAGAUCCAGGAAAACAGUGUGGAGUUUGAGGCCUGUCUGGUGGCCCAGUGUGACGCCCUCAUUGACGCACUCAACAGAAGGAAGGCUCAGCUGCUGGCCCGUGUCAACAAGGAGCAUGAGCACAAACUGAAGGUCGUUCGAGAUCAGAUCUCUCACUGCACAGUGAAAUUGCGCCAGACCACUGGUCUCAUGGAAUACUGCUUGGAGGUGAUUAAGGAAAAUGAUCCUAGUGGCUUUUUGCAGAUUUCGGAUGCCCUCAUAAGGAGAGUGCACCUGACUGAGGAUCAGUGGGGGAAAGGCACACUCACUCCCAGGAUGACCACGGACUUUGACUUGAGUCUGGACAAUAGCCCUCUACUGCAAUCCAUUCACCAGCUGGACUUCGUGCAGAUGAAAGCUUCCUCUCCGGUCCCAGCAACCCCCAUCCUGCAGCUGGAGGAGUGUUGCACCCACAACAACAGCGCUACGCUGUCCUGGAAACAGCCUCCUCUGUCCACUGUGCCAGCGGAAGGAUACAUUCUGGAGCUGGAUGACGGCAGUGGCGGUCAGUUCCGGGAAGUGUAUGUCGGAAAAGAGACAAUGUGCACAGUGGAUGGUCUUCACUUCAACAGCACAUACAACGCUCGCGUCAAGGCCUUCAACAAAACAGGAGUCAGCCCAUACAGCAAGACCCUGGUCCUCCAGACGUCUGAGGCACAUGAAAUUAAACCUAUGAGGAACACAGAUUCGGAAGAACAGACCCUCCCUUUUCCAGUGCCUUCGGAAAGAUUGCCGCUCCGUAGAAUGAGUCCUUUCUCCUCCACCCUUAAUCUACAACCCAGCUUCCCCGGGAGAUCCUACUUUGAUUUCCGAUCCUCACCCCACCAGCUGAGCUUGCAUUCUUCUUUACAGUCUCUCAAUGUACCCGGAUGCAAUUUUGAGACACAGUCUGCACCUUACUCUCAAUUAGUUGACAUUAAAAAGCUGUUGGCAGUGGCCUGGUUUGCUUUCGACCCUGGCUCGGCACACUCGGACAUCAUCUUCUCCAAUGACAACCUCACAGUGACCUGCAGUAGCUACGAUGACCGGGUGGUGCUGGGGAAGACUGGCUUCUCCAAGGGUGUCCACUACUGGGAGCUAACAAUAGAUCGCUAUGACAACCACCCUGACCCUGCAUUUGGUGUGGCCCGCAUGGAUGUGAUGAAGGAUGUGAUGUUAGGAAAGGACGACAAAGCUUGGGCAAUGUAUGUGGACAAUAACCGGAGCUGGUUCAUGCACAGCAACUCGCACACCAACAGAACCGAGGGAGGGAUCACAAAAGGGGCCACCAUUGGGGUCCUGCUUGACUUAAACAGAAAGACCCUGACAUUUUUUAUUAACGAUGGACAGCAAGGCCCCAUAGCAUUUGAGAACAUGGAGGGCCUGUUCUUCCCUGCCGUCAGCCUGAACCGGAAUGUGCAGGUCACACUUCACACUGGGCUCCCAGUCCCCGACUUCUACUCCAGCAGAGCAUCGAUAGCCUAA